GGCUGGGAGGCAGCGUGAGGCGCGAGUCGGGCGGUGCGGGUCUCGCCGGGAGACUCUCUGCGGGUAAUAUUUGACUGUUGCUUGCUAUCAGCUUGAGUAAAAAAAUAAAAGGAGCCUCUGCGCUGCUCUCCGCCCCGCCGCGCCGCUCGGCGCCAUGGCGGAAGCCGCGGUGACCGGCGCCAGCGGAGAGGCGAUGGCGGCGAUGGUGGCGGCGGAGGGCUCCUUGGGCCCGGGGGUCUUGUCUCUGGGCCGGGGCUUCUCGAACUACCGGCCCUUCGAGCCGCAGACGCUGGGCCUCAGCCCGAGCUGGCGGUUGACGGGCUUCUCGGGCAUGAAGGGCUGAGGCUGCAAAGUCCCGCAGGAGACGCUGCUCAAACUCCUGGCGGGACUGACGCAGCCGCCCGUGGGGCCCUCGCUCGGCCCCGGCCUGGUCGGGGGCCAGGAGCAGGCGGCGCAGGACGCCGGCGCGGCGCCGCCGAGCCUGGCGAUCGGGCUGGACUCGUGUGUCAUCCCGCUGAGACACGGGGGCCUGUCGCUGGUGCAGACGACGGACUUCUUCUACCCCUUGGUGGAAGACCCCUACAUGAUGGGGCGCAUAGCGUGCGCCAACGUGCUGAGCGACCUGUACGCCAUGGGCAUCACCGAAUGCGACAACAUGCUGAUGCUCCUCAGCGUCAGCCAGGGUAUGAGCGAGGAGGAGCGGGAGAAGGUCACACCGCUCAUGAUCAAAGGCUUCCGGGACGCGGCGGAGGAAGGCGGGACCGCAGUGACCGGGGGACAGACGGUGGUCAACCCGUGGAUCAUCAUCGGAGGCGUCGCCACGGUGGUGUGUCAGCCCAACGAGUUCAUCAUGCCCGACAGCGCCGUGGUCGGAGACGUGCUGGUGUUAACCAAACCCUUAGGAACCCAAGUUGCUGUCAACGCCCACCAGUGGCUGGAUAAUCCGGAAAGAUGGAAUAAGAUCAAGAUGGUGGUCAGCAGGGAGGAGGUGGAGCUGGCCUACCAGGAAGCUAUGUUCAAUAUGGCGACCCUCAACAGGACGGCGGCUGGCUUAAUGCACACGUUCAAUGCCCACGCAGCCACCGACAUCACAGGAUUUGGCAUUCUGGGACACUCUCAGAACCUGGCCAGGCAACAGAGAAAUGAAGUGUCCUUUGUCAUUCACAACCUGCCUAUCAUUGCCAAGAUGGUGGCCAUCAGCAAAGCCAGUGGACGCUUCGGCCUUCUUCAGGGAACCUCGGCCGAAACCUCAGGGGGACUGCUGAUUUGUCUGCCGAGAGAACAGGCCGCGCGCUUUUGUUCCGAGAUCAAAUCUUCCAAGUACGGAGAGGGCCACCAGGCGUGGAUCGUGGGCAUCGUGGAAAAGGGAAACCGGACAGCUCGGAUCAUCGACAAGCCUCGGGUGAUCGAGGUCCUGCCUCGGGGAGUGGCUGCCACUGCUCCUGCCCUCGCUCCUGACAGUGCCAAUGCCUCCUCCGAGCCCAGCUCGUGAGAGGCGAGAGUGGAGAGGGUGUCGGGAACUCAGAGCCUCUGGCUACAACUGUGGAUGCUUGUCAGGCGUUGGUCUCAAGGAAUUUCCAAAGAAGGCUUUGAGUAUAGUGGUUCCAGCCAGCCCAUCAAAAGCUGCCUCCGUGUACAUUCCAUGGCCAGAAGGAACAGUUUUAACUUGGGAGAGGGGGGUUGGGGGGGGGAUAUUGGUUUCAUCUCCUGGGUAGACAAGGAGAGGAAAAAAAAAAAAAAACCUGUUUUCCUCUUUUCCAAAGCACGGUGAGGCUGUUCCACUUUGAGGGAUUUUUCUUUGCGCUGGGUUGAUUUGUUCCUGCCUCGGGAGUUAAAUCGUUAACAAUGCCACACAUGUAAAAGUAAAUUGCAAAGCGAAAACAAUUUUCAGUCAGAAGCAAAUGAGUUUGGACCAAUGCUGUUGAUAAAUCUACAUGCUGUAGUUGAUUUUUUUCGGGAAGUACUGGCUCUUUCCUGCUCUGGACAAGAAUUGAGCAGCUUGUCCAGCGCCUGGGAAGGGAGGGCCUGCAGCCAUCUCCCUUGGUCUCUGUUAAUGACGCCUCUCCCUGUAAACCCCACUGCGGACUGGGAGAGGCAGAGCAAAGCCCAGAGCCCAGGCCUUGGUGGUCACUGGAGAUGUUGCAUCUUGUGCUGAAAAAAGUCCUGGUGAUUCAAUUAGUGAUCGGUCAUUUCUAGUUCAAUAAAGGGGCUUCAUUGGA